AUCGUCAUUAAUUUGUUGAAAAAAAAAAGACAAAAGAGCCGAAUCUUUUUAUAAUAUUUAGAAAAACGCGUAGAUAAACAUAGUUUAAGACCGAAUAGAUGAUUGCAACUGCCACAGAUUCGCAGAAACCGACCAAACAAGACUAGAAAUCUGCUUUAUAAAUAGUAGAAGCCACCAAAAACCAACAAAAACCAAACACUGCCCAGAAAUUCGUGAAUCACCAACAUAAAAGCAAUGGAGCAAACACAGAUUACGGAUGCGGAAAAGGUGCGCAUUGUGUCCGAUUUCAUAUUGCAUGCGCCGCCCGGUGAAUUUAACGAGGUGUUCAACGAUGUGCGUGAGCUGCUAAAGAACGAUGCACUGUUGAAGGAUGGUGCCAGCCACGCCUUCUCGCAGUACAACAAGGACCAGUUGACGCCAGUCCGGAUCGAAGGCAGCGAGCACAAUGCGAUUAUAUCUGAACACAACGACAUGGGCAAUGGUCGCUUUUACGACCCGCGCACAAAGCAGGCCUUUAAAUAUGACCACCUGAGAAAAGAAGCUUCCGAAUAUCAGGACGUGGAUGCUGAUUCCAUCUCAGAGCCAUGGCGCGCCGCCCUAGAUCUCGAAGCGCUUGCCUACACUGCCAAUCACUACAGGCAUGGCGUGAGUUCUGUGUUUGGCAAAUCGCAGGGCAACCAGGUGACGUUGACCAUUUGCAUUGAGGAUCAUCAGUUCCAGCCGAAGAAUUAUUGGAAUGGCCGAUGGCGUUCACAGUGGCACGUUAGCUUCCAGGUCGGCAGCGGUGCGGCUGAGCUUAAGGGUGUUUUAAAGGUGCAAGUGCAUUACUAUGAGGAUGGCAAUGUGCAGCUAGUAUCGUCGAAGGAUUGCCGUGACAGCGUUGUGGUGUCCAAUGAACAACAGCUGGCCAAGGAGGUGAUACGUCUAAUCGAAGAGGCCGAGAAUGAGUAUCAACUGGCUAUCUCUGAGAAUUAUCAGACCAUGUCGGAUACCACAUUCAAGGCCAUGCGCCGCCAGCUGCCUAUAACCAGAACCAAAAUCGAUUGGAGCAAGAUCGUUUCGUAUAGCAUUGGUAAGGAGCUAAAGACGCAAUAAGAACAGGAGCAGCAAGCGGAAGGGGAAGCGCAGGCGGAGGCCAACGAGACGCCGUUGCUCCGGGCACAGAUCAAAAGACCCAACAGUCUUCCACUUGCAAUGGCCAAGCGAGAAAAGUAAAGUAGAGAGAAGGAUAAUCCAUGCACUAUAUACGAACGUUACAUGUUUCUUAUUUUAAUUGUGGCGCCUAAUGUAUUAAUAAUUGUCUUAAAUAUUGCUUACAAAUCCCCUAGCCCGUUGUAUACUAGGCAUAUGCAAACACAUCUUAUCUGUUAUUAUUACGAUAAAAGUGAAUUUGUGUAUAGUAUAUAUUUGAAGCGCAUUAAUGUCGCUGAGCCGGUCACAAGCGCCCACACCAAGUCGCCUUUAUCGUUUUACAAAUGUUUUUAAUUUAAAAGAAAAAAAAACAAAUACAAAUACAUACAACAAUACUAUGCA